AUGUCUUUGGUUAUCAAAUUUUUAAUUAUUUUCGCCUUUGUGGUGGCUACUGCCACUGCUCAAGUUAGCAAUGAAUAUUUACCACCAUUUGCUGGCGGUUCAGAAGGUAGUGCUGUAGCUGCUUCCGCUCCCGCUCCAGAAGUCAUAUAUGCUGCCCCCUCUUCAGAUGUAGAGUCUUAUGAUACAUCUGCCUCGGCUCCAGCCCAUACUUUCUCUUCGGAUGAGGGUUAUCGUUAUAAGACUCAUCGUCGUCGUGUCUAUCGCCGUCAUCGUCGUGGUGUCUCCACUGAGUACUUGCCACCUGCAGCUUCUGCUCCAGCUGCUUCUUAUGCUGCCGAAGAAACUUCCUAUUCUUCUCCUGCCGGUUCCUACUCUGGAUCAGCUGCUUCAUACUCUGCCCCAGCUGCCUCAUACUCUGCCCCAGCUGCCUCAUACUCGGCACCAGCUGCUUCCUACUCGGCACCAGCUGCUUCUUAUUCUGCACCCGCCGCUUCAUACUCCGAAUCUUAUGAUACUGGUGCUUCAGCUCCUGCCCACUCCUACUCCUCAGACGAGGGCUACCGUUACAAAACUCAACGCCGUCGUGUCUUUAGAACUUCUCGUCGUCAUCGUCGUGGUGUCUCCACCGAGUACUUGCCACCUGCAGCCUCUGCUCCAGCUGCUUCGUAUGCCGCCGAAGAAACUUCCUAUUCUUCUCCUGCUGGUUCCUACUCUGGAUCAGCUGCUUCAUACUCUGCCCCAGCUGUCUCAUACUCUGCCCCCGCCGCUUCCUACUCCGCCCCAGCUGCUUCUUAUUCUGCACCCGCCGCUUCAUACUCCGAAUCUUAUGAUACUGGUGCUUCAGCUCCUGCCCACUCCUACUCCUCAGAUGAGGGCUAUCCUGAAUAUUUGCCCCCUCUAGCUUCCAACUCUGUUGCUAGUUACAGUGCUCCAGAAGCUUCGUACUCCGAAGCUUCCUACUCAGCCCCUGCUGCCUCGUAUGAGUCUUAUGAUACUGGUGCUGCUUCAUCUCCUUCUCAUUCGUUCUCCGAUGCUGAUGGUUAUCGUUACAAGACCCAACGUCGUCGUGUCUUCCGUCGUCACCGUUAA